GCAGGUGUCUCCGGGUCUGUCCUGUGACAGCGAGCUCUCGGCUGCCGGUCGCUGUGUCUUCUCUCUUCCCGUGGCUCUUCCCGUGGGGAUGCUGGUGGAUCUGGGGCCGCAGGUGUACCGAGUGAAGAGGGCCGCUCACAGCGCGGGGUCCACGUCCCCGCAGAGCAAAGCAGCGCUCGCUCACAUGCGCGGAAGUCUGCGUGACAGUUCCGUGCCGUGUUUCCCGUCUGCCUUCGGCUUCAGAGAUGACAUCACUUCCUGCCCGGAGAGACUGGAUCUGGACCGGCGCGGGAUGACGGAUGUCCCUCAUCUGGACGCGGCUGGGAAUCUGCGGCUCCUCAACAUGCAGCACAACCUCAUCUCACACCUGCAGGACCUGCUUCACCUGCAGCGCCUCGUGUUCCUCGAUCUCUAUGACAACCGCGUGAUUGACAUGUCUGGAGUCUCCUCCCUCACCUCGCUGCGUGUGCUGCUGCUCGGGAAGAACAGAAUCCAGAGGAUCUGUGAUGUGGACGGCCUCACUAAACUUGACGUUCUGGACUUACAUAAUAAUCAGAUCUCUCAGAUUGAAAAUGUGUCUCGUUUGUCGAAGCUUCGUUUGUUGAAUCUCUCUGGAAACCGCAUCACUCGAGUGGAGAAUCUGCAGGGUCUGAACUGUCUGACCGAACUGAACCUGCGACACAACAGCAUCACGUCUGUGACGGAUGUGGAGAAUCUUCCUCGUCUGCAGCGUCUGUUUCUCAGCGCUAACAGCAUCAGCAGGUUGGAUGCUCUGGCCUGUCUGUGGCACUGCCGCUCUCUGAGUGAGCUGAGCGUUGAUGGGAAUCCCGUCGCGCUGGAGUCAUGCUACAGACAGACUCUCCUCCGCUGCUGCUCGCCACACCUUCAGCUGCUCGACAUGAAGCGCGUCACAGAGGAGGAGAGACGCACGGCGAGUGUUUCAGCACGAAAGGAGGAUGAGAAGAAGAAAGAGAGUCACAAACAGACUGCGCACAAGGAAAGACGUCGACUCGCGAUCCAGAACGCAGCGCAGCAGUGGGAGGGGCUAAAGGCCUGCCUCGAGCUUCCUGCCCAGAACGGCUCCAAGGAAGACGUCAGUCCAGAAUACAGCCCCGCCCACAGCCCCGCCCAGACCAAUGGGAACACACAGGAGACGUCGCCGGACGAGCCCAGACGCUUGAGUCCGCUCACAGUCUCAGCCGGAGGGAACGAGAGCAGGUUACGAUCGGCCAAUCGACCAAACAGCCCCAGAGACAUCAGGCCGCAGGACGCCGGCGGGCCCAGUGUUCAGAGUCUGUCCAUAUCUGACAGUCACCUGGCGGAGCUAGACAGCGAGACGCUGCGUCUGUUCGGCCCCGGGGCCCUGGAGACGCUGGAGCGCUGCUGGGGCGUUCAGACAGCCGCGAGUGUCACCACCGUCGCCUUCAGAUACAUCCACUUCGACUCCAUCAUUCCCAUGUUCCUGCGCAUCCGCCUCAAAUUCCCAAACCUCACGCACCUGAUGUUCAUGGAGACGAGCAUCACUCAUCUCCCUCAGCUGGCGGCUCUGGCUCAGGUACGGCGUCUGGAGCAGAUCAGUGUUCAUCCAGAGUGGAAUCCGGUGGUGAGACUGACGCUCUGGAGAUCCUUCCUCAUCUACAGACUGCAGCACCUCAACCUGCAGAAGAUCAACGGCACCGAGGUCACCAUGAAUGAGAUCAUGGCCUCGGAGCGGAUGUUUGGCGCUCUGGGUCACGUCGCUGCUACAGAAACGCCACGCUGCCGCCUGCUGCUGCUGCUGGAGGAGUCCAGGAAGCGGCAGCUGCAGUUCCUGCUGGACGGACGCGGGCGCAGAAGCGGUGUGAGUCCAGACGACCUGAAGGAGAACGGCAAACAGCUGGGAGACGCUUUGAGCCGAGCGCUCUUCAGCUAUCCCAGCAGACUGUCCGACGGCCCCGAGGAGGGUGGUGCUGAUGCGUCGGAGCGCUCGGCGAUGGUGCAGCAGUAUCUGCGAGGGCUGAUCCACAGAGCUUCCGGUCACUGCGUGAAGGCAGACGCUCUGCAGAAGCUCUGGCCGUCGCUCUUCAGCGAGAUCGUGAGAGACUGUGUGCUGGAGAUGAGAGACAAACAGGCCUUCAGACAGACGCGCCUCCAGCGGUUCCACAGCGAAUCACACACAUGAACACAGACACUGAACACUGAAUGUUUAGCAGCCUCUCAUCCUCACUGUAGUUAUCACUGAGUCGAUCUGCUCAUUCCUGUGGUUCCUCUGACAUCCCUAAUGGUGCUCCUGAGGAAACAUACUCUACACAGGUGCAUUACAGCAGUGCAUGCGUGUUACAUACAAGCCUCAAACAUGUCAACCGUUUAAUUUACCAGAUGAAGAUUCUUCUCAAACUGUUGCUUUGCCGUGAUAGUAGUUAAGCUGAAAGAGAAAUCGGACUAUUGAGGAAUAUUUU